AUGGGCAAUGCCGACUUGACAGAGCACGCCGCGUGGACGUCGGGCAACGUUGUGACGUGGUGCGAUGUGCGGAGUGCCGACUGCAUACUUGGUCCGCCACGGCGGCAUCGCCCCGCACGUGGAUUUUCCUCAGCCCGGAAUGCUCAAGGAUAUGGCUCUCAUCGAUCCCUUCGAGACCUACGGGUAGAGAUUUAA